UCAAUACCUAAGGAAGGACUACGAAUCCCAGCAAGCAGUUCGCGGCGCGAGGGCGCAGGAGGAGGAGCUCGGAGCCGUCGGGCCUCGAGGAGCCAGGGCGGCCAUGGGGAAGCGUUACUUCUGCGACUACUGUGACCGCUCCUUCCAGGACAACCUCCACAACCGCAAGAAGCACCUGAAUGGGCUACAGCACCUCAAGGCCAAGAAGCUCUGGUACGACAUGUUCCGAGAUGCAGCUGCCAUCUUGCUGGAUGAGCAGAACAAGCGUCCCUGCAGGAAAUUUCUACUGACAGGCCAGUGUGACUUUGGCUCCAACUGCAGAUUUUCCCACAUGUCAGAGCAAGACCUGCAGGAGCUGAGUAUCCAGGUGGAGGAGGAGAGGAGGGCCAGGGAGUGGCCACUUGACGUCACCGAGCUCCCCGAGGGCCGUCUGGAGGAUUGGCUGGAGAAGAGAGCCAAGCGGCUGAGCUCGGCCCCGAGCAGCAGGGCAGAACCCAUCAGAGCCACUGUCUUCCAGUACCCUGUGGGCUGGCCACCAGUCCAGGAGCUGCCUCCAUCCCUGCGGGCACCCCCACCAGGAGGGUGGCCCCUGCAGCCCAGUGUCCAGUGGGGCUGAGCCCCUCAUCCCUGCCUGGUCAGCUCUCAAGUCAGCCACAGUAAAAACAAGGGCUUGUACUGGGGACACCGAGGCCCCCCUCCUGCUGUGCCCCAUGGAGCAUCUGAAAUCAUUGACUCAGACUCGCCUGGCCUCUCUGGGGCCUAAAAGCCCCUCCUAUCCAGGUGCAGCCCUGGUCCUGGCUCUGCCCCCUCCCUCUCCUCCACCCUCCUUCCUUCCUGGGCAUCUUGAGAAGACUUCCUUCCAGAUGCUUAUAAAGAAAGUCUGUCACCA